AUGGAAAACCUGACGUAUAACAGCAUCAUUUUGCAACUAGAAGGAUUGAAGGUAUCGGAGGAGUUUCUGUACCCUGUUUUUCUAUUCUUCCUUAUUUUUUACAUCAUAGUUAUGGUGAUGAACUGUGGUAUGGUUUUUCUCAUAGCAGGACAGAAAAGUCUCCACGAACCAAUGUACCUGCUGUUUUGCAACUUGACUUUCAAUGAUAUCUUUGGUAAUUCCAUCACGGUCCCCAGGCUGUUGUUGGACCUUUUAAGGUUACCAUCCGAGCGCACUAUCAGUUACGCAGAGUGCGCCGUGCAGGCAUUCUCUACGCACACAUAUGCAACAACCUCCCAUACCAUACUGAUGACAAUGGCUUUUGACAGAUACGUGGCCAUAUGCAAUCCACUCCGCUAUACCACUAUAAUGAGUAAUAAAAUGGUAAUCACGCUCUCAGCUUCAGCCUGGGGUGUGGCGUUAUUUUUCGUUGCCAUCUUGUUAGGCCUCACACUGAGGCUUAACCGUUGCAGAACCUUCAUAUCAAAUCCUUUUUGUGAUAAUGCAUCUAUGUUUAAGUUAUCUUGCGAGGAUGUGUCUGUUAAUAAUCUGUAUGGUUUAAUAUUUACAGUGCUGCUGAUGGUCUCUUCCAUGGGAAGUGUUGCACUCACGUACAUUAAAAUAACUGCUGUUUGUUUGACAACCAAGAGCAAAACUUUGAACAGUCGGGCAAUUAAAACGUGCAGCACUCACUUGACGGUGUAUUUAAUAAUGCUUCUAAGUGGCUUUGCUAUUGUAAUACUACAUCGCUUUCCUGCAUAUUCAGAUUACAGGAAACUGGCUGCCCUGUUAUUUCAUAUCAUUCCUAGUUCUUUAAAUCCUGUCAUAUAUGGCCUGCAGUGUACUGAGCUUAGACAUGCUCUAAUGCAGAUUUUGUGCAUAAAGAAAAUUAAUCAGAGAAAGAUGUUCCCAAAUUAA